AUGUUUGACCUGAAUACGGCGGAACCUAUGCAAGUGGACGUUCCACUCGAAGACAAUGAAAACAAUGAGACAGAGUGCUAUGUGGUCGAAAAUCCAACGUUGGAUUUAGAAACCUAUGCUGCCUCAUACACUGGUUUUGCCAAGCUGUAUAGAUUAACAUUUGUAGCAGACCAUUGUCCAUCCCUCAGAUUGGAGGCCUUAAAAAUGGCUAUAUCGUAUGUUAUGACAACUUAUAACGUAAGUCUUUACCAAUCAUUACACAAGAAACUUGCUGAAGCAAUUGCAACAUCUGGGUUACCUGAUGUCGCUGUUCAAAUGGGAUCUCAGGAUAUUCCUGUUCUUGACAGUAUGUGGGUCGAGUCAAAAACCAAAAAGGCUGCAAUAAAGUUGGAGAAGCUAGAUACAGACUUAAAAAAUUACAAAACCAAUUCUAUUAAAGAGAGCAUUAGAAGAGGACAUGAUGACUUGGGUGAUCAUUACCUUGAUUGUGGAGAUUUGACGAGUGCAUUAAAAUGUUAUUCCAGAGCAAGAGAUUAUUGUACAAGUGGUAAACAUGUAAUCAUGAUGUGCCUCAAUGUAGUUAAAGUGUCAGUGUAUUUGCAAAACUGGGCUCAUGUUCUCAACUAUGUCUCUAAAGCAGAGAGUACUCCUGACUUUCAUGAAAUUCCUGGGAAGGACUCCAACCAGGCUGUACUUACCCGCCUCAAAUGUGCUGCAGGACUGGCAGAAUUAGCUACAAAGAAAUAUAAGUCGGCCGCAAAACACUUUUUAGGAGCAAGUAUCGAUCACUGUGAUUAUCCAGAACUACUAAGUAGCAACAAUGUGGCUGUCUAUGGGGGACUAUGUGCACUUGCUACUUUUGAUCGUUCCGAGUUGCAAAAGCAAGUUAUAGUUAGUAGUUCUUUUAAAUUAUUUUUAGAACUUGAACCACAGUUGCGUGACAUAAUUUUUAAGUUCUAUGAAUCUAAAUAUGCUUCCUGCUUAAGAUUAUUAGAUGAGAUAAGAGACAACUUGCUCUUAGAUAUGUAUUUAGCACCACACCUAAAUUGUCUUUACAUGCAAAUACGAAACAGGGCUUUAAUUCAAUACUUUAGUCCAUACCUGUCAGCUGAUAUGCGAUUAAUGGCUGCCGCCUUUAACCGGACUGUUAAUGCUCUUGAAGAUGAGUUGAUGCAGUUAAUACUUGAUGGUCAAAUUCAAGCACGAAUUGACUCGCAUAAUAAAAUUUUAUAUGCUAAAGAUGUAGAUCAGAGGAGUACCACCUUUGAGAAAAGUUUAGGGAUGGGUAAAGAGUACCAACGAAGGACCUCUAUGUUGAUUCUACGAGCUGCCAUGAUAAAAAAUCAAAUACAUGUCAAGAAUACUGGUCGUGAUACAGGUCCACAAGGUGGCGAAGCUCCAGGGUCUAGUACAAGCCUUAAUCGUGCUUUUGACACAGUCCCCUUGUGA